AUGACCGUCUGGUUGCGCCCGUUUUUCCGUUUCUGGUACAAGCAACCGCACGGAAGUAAAUGUGCUGUAUUGGAUACUCGACAGCGAACAACGUGUUCCAAGCGCUUGACCUACGCAAUACGCAUCCUAAUUCUGGUCGAGAAAACGUGUUCAGCACGACCGCCGAUCUGCUCCUUGGUGAAGAUAGGCGCUUUAGACGGAUAUGCGCCUCUUAAGGUAGUCGAGGACCAAAUUGGGGGAGACGGUGGCGGCAUAAACGGAGGUUUGUCGAAGGAGGAUCGUAAAGUGUGGCUCGAAAGGCUCGAAAGGCUCCUCCAAGGUUUUGGAAGUACACUCGACAAAGGAAGCUUUGCGACAGAAGACCAUUGGCGUAUCUUCAACACCAGAUUCGGUCAGUCUAGCCGCAAGAAAGGGGAAGUAGAGGAGCGGUUCUUUGGAGGCACAGCCAAACUCCAAGGAAGCACCACGGAAACACCCAAUACCGACUUCGCAAAGCGAGGGAUUUUCCAACGGGGAAAGGAGGAGCACGAUCGGUCACCCCCACCUCAGACUAUGCGCACCAACGAGAAACAGGGUUUGCAAACAUGGGUAGAUGGCUGCCUCGUUGUUGAUCACUUCCGCUCCUGGACCGCGCUGCUUCGCAGUGGCGAAGAGGAAGAGAAGCGAUCCGAAGGUUUGCAGAGCGCCUGGAAGGCUUCGUGGAGCCGUAUCGUUCUGAUGAGGGAAUCAGUCAACCUCUUCAAGUUGAGUCUGGGCCUUCGCAGAGGAGAAACAGCUAUCAGAAGCAUGAACACUCUCUACUCUUUUCAGAAAGACGGGUCGACGGAGAAGUUGCGAGCAAAUGUUCACUCGCUGGCCAUGGAUAUAGAUGAGAUAACCCAGAGCGUUGCAGAUGAAAAGAUGAAAAGAAGGAUUAAACACGUUAUUCCUGAACUGGACGAUGGGCGGUCUGGUGUCUGUUCAACCCAACUCAGGAGUUGGAAGGUCGAAGGUGGACUGCCACUUUACGUUGUGAAAGAGGAGGAAUGGAAGAAGAACCAAGCAAGGCGUCCCUCGACUUGGAAGUUCAUGUUCAAGCGACGCGGUGAACGCGGCCACGUGCACGUCACGUUCAUCAGUUUAAGCGCCCGCGCCGGGCGCGGCCGUCGCACAGAAAUAGACUGGACUUUGGACAUCCAUACUCGCCCUCACUAUCUGCGCUUGACUUGCUUGUGUGGGCGCACAACGAUCACGUUUCCUCCUGUACCAUCGGGGGCGGCAAACCAACUCGGAUAA